AUUGUGCGGCAAGACCGAACCAUGGAAAGGAUUGUGUUCCCCAUCCCAGAGAUCUGCGAGUACCUGACCAAGGAAACUAAACUGAAUGUGUUUAAACGAGCGGAACGGGAUGAGCAAGGAAGCAAAGUUGCCGAUUUCUUUAGCCGACAUCAUGAAAUGUUUAACGAGAUGAAGUGGCAGAAAAAGCUUAGAAUGCAGCCUGUGAUGUUUUGGUUCAGCAGUCAUAUGGGUCUAUGGAACAGCAUAUCCUUCAGCUGUGCGGUCAUCAUCAACUUGCUGGUGGCCAUUUUCUACCCAUACAAUACGCUCGACUUUCAUUCGGUGGGCGCUCAAUUCAACGGGCUCUUGUGGGGUGCUGUCAUGAUCUGCACUGCUGUGGUGGUCUUCUUUCCUCAUCCCAUGGGAUUCAAGGCACUGCUGGCCUCCAUUAUAUUACGUUUUAUUUGCACAUUUGGUUUGAGAGUAACACUGUUCCUCCUUGGCCUAAUUAAUCUGCUCAACAAGUUCAUCUUCAUGGUCAGCCUGCUCGGCAACAGAGGGGUGCUCAUCAAGCCGGUCAACGAAAUUCUCUCUGACUUUGAGAUGGUCUACCACAUCGGCUACUUCAUUCUCUGUGCUCUCGGCUUCUUCUUCCACGAGUUCUUCUUUAGUCUCCUGCUGCUGGAUGUUGUCUAUAGAGAGGAGACCCUGCUGAACGUGAUCAAGUCUGUGACUAGGAAUGGGCGCUCUAUCCUCCUUACCACCGUGCUGGCUGUCAUCCUCAUCUACCUCUUCUCCAUCAUCGGUUUCAUCUCCUUCCAGGACGACUUCCUUAUGGAGGUGGAGCACCCGAUGGUGCCUCGCAUCAAAUCAGAUGAUCACAACUCCACACAGAAAGCCAAUCAAACAUCAUGCCCAGCUGAUGGCACCAACUGUACCGAGGCAGAGGAGUCCUACAUCUCACAGAUUCUUCAAAGUGCUGAAUGGCCUUACUCUGAAGAGCCAGAAGAAGGAGAGAAGAUGCGAGCCUGUGACUCUCUGAUCAUGUGCAUCAUCACCAGCAUCAACCAGGGGUUGAGAAAUGGAGGAGGCAUUGGGGAUGUUCUCCGCAAGCCAAGCAAAAAUGAACCAUUGUUUCUAGCUCGGGUGGUCUACGAUCUCCUCUUCUUCUUCAUUGUCAUUAUUAUUGUCUUGAAUCUCAUCUUUGGUGUCAUCAUCGAUACUUUUGCUGAUCUGAGGAGCGAGAAACAAACCAAGGAUGAGAUCCUGAGAAACACCUGCUUCAUCUGUGGCCUGGACCGAGCCACUUUUGACAAUCGCGUCGUGACCUUUGAAGACCAUGUGAAACAUGAACACAACAUGUGGCAUUAUCUGUACUUUAUUGUCCUGGUUCGAGUGAAGGACCCAACGGAGUUUACCGGACCUGAGAGCUACGUCGACGCUAUGAUUAAAGAGAGAAACUUGGAGUGGUUCCCUCGCAUGCGGGCCAUGUCUUUAGCAGCACAGGACAGCGAAGGGGAGCAGAAUGAGAUCCGCAGCCUCCAGCAGCAGCUUGACCAGACAACCAAACUUGUGCAGAAACUGUCUGGUCAGCUUUCGGAGCUGAAAGAACAGAUGACAGAACAGAGGAAGCAGAAACAACGUUAUGGACUUCUCCAGAAUCCAGUACCAAUGUCCAUGCCGGCACAGUUUUAA